UUCUCGCCGGAACUAUGGUACAGGUCGCAUUGCGCGGUCGAGUCAAGUGGGGCGCAACGACGCAGUAAUGCGGCAACUGCGGGAACGGGGAUGGUCGUCCACCCUGCAAGUCUGCAGCCCGAAGGCCACGUGGAGCGCGUAGAGCAGGAAGCAGCCUGGGAGGGAGUCGCAACAGCGAGGACGCAGGAGCGAUGAGGUCAGAGGCAAGCUCCGAGCAGGACAGCGGGACUUGGGUCUGACGCCAGUGCUCCUGAAGGAUAGACACGAAAUUCCCCCGACCGAUUUUGCUUCCCGACGAUUUUGUUCCUCGAUUUCCUGCACGGAGACCUUGGACUUCGGACAGCGUCCGAAUCCGGUGUUGUUGUUGUUGUUGCUGUUGUUGUUCUGGGGCUUACGAUUCUCGUGUCGGAGGGGAGAAGUAGGCGCAAGCAAGCGAGUUUCGGUGCCGAGGAGACGAUCGUGCGUAUCUCGGUGUGCCUCGGAGUGACGAGAGUUGAACGACUGUCGGUGUUGGCAAUUCGGACGGGCUGGUUUUCGAUCGAGGUGUUGCCGAAGUGCCGACCGACACCGCGAGAGCGAGAGAGCGUAAGCGAAAGAGAUCGAGGAAUCGAGGUCGUGGAUUGAGGGGUUUGUGUAAAUUGAGCGAAGGGGCGUACCGAUAGGUUUGUGAGCCAUGGGGAAUGCGGAGAAGUUGCUGGAGCAGGUCAUGGAGCUGAAGAUGACGUCGAAGACAUUGGCUCGGCAGGCUAGAAAAUGUGAAAAAGAGGAAAAGUCCGAGAAGCUCAAGGUGAAGAGGGCUAUCGAGAAAGGGAACAUGGACGGAGCGAGGAUAUAUGCUCAAAACGCCAUCCGGAAGCGCACGGAGCAGCUGAAUUAUCUGAGAUUGUCAUCGCGUCUUGAUGCCGUUGUGUCGCGGUUGGAUACACAGUCGAAGAUGAUGGUUAUAAAUAAGUCGAUGAGCUCCAUCGUCAAAGCAUUGGAUUCUGCUCUCGCAACCAAUAACCUAGAAAAGAUGUCGAUGACCAUGGACCAAUUCGAGCAGCAGUUUGUGAAUAUGGAAGUACAGUCACAGUUUAUCGAGACUGCUAUGGCCGGCAGUACCUCCCUCUCCACACCAGAGGAUGAAGUUAAUUCUCUCAUGCAACAGGUUGCCGAUGAUUACGGUCUGGAAGUUUCUGUCGGCUUGCCCCAGGCUGCAGAUCAUGCCGUUGCCGCUGCCCCAGAGCCUGAACUAUCACAAGAGGACGAUUUGAGCCGCCGUUUAGCUGAACUAAAGAGUCGAGGCUAAACGUGUUCCACUUGGCCGAUUUCCGGAGAAAAGGGUUUCAUGAUGAAAGUGGGGAGAAAUCAAUGUUCUGUUCAGGGGUUUCCGCCAUACACUCCUGUUGAUCGGGGGAGCGAAUUUUUUGAAUUUUCCGGUGGUACAGGAAGCCAAGUGAAGUAGGUAGUUUUGAUCGAAGGAUCUGCCUGAAACCCCGUUUCCCAACCUAACGAAUACUCUUUGACAGGGAGAUAUAAUGGGACGGCGAGGAUGCCCAAUCAAACAUGUCUCCUCUGUAGCCCGAUCAAGGGUUGACCAAGGGGUAUUCCGCUUUGGUCGACACACAUCCUGGUCUGUACACCAGGAAAGCUUGAUGAGGUUUCCACUUGCUUCAAAAAAGGUGGGAACUUUUUUUCUCAGUUUAGUCUUCCAUCGGAUUGUCUUUGAUUCUAGUAUGCUGGAUAUGUAUUUUGACUUCAAAUUCCAGCAGGACCAUGAUGUAGGCAAGCUUGUGGUAGAAACGCAGCCAGGUCAUUUACAAGAAAAUGUUGAUGUCUUUAUACUUUUUCUUUGCUCUCGAUUUUUGGUAAAGAAUCUCUUUUACCCCCUAAUCUUCAACACCAUUCCACUCUAAUUUUUUUCCGAAAGGAGGUCUCACCUACGCACUCUCUCCUGUAGCCUUUGAGUGAGCUUGCUGGUGGUUGUAGCAUAAGAAUCCUACACCUGAUCGGGCCAGGACCCUAUAUCUUGAUUUGUACUGUACAUCGGCUAAUUUACCAUCAAAUGGAGAAGGAAUGUGAUAUGUUUUACUCUUCUUUCCACAUUUGACGCAUUUCGUUAGUCUGUUUGGGUUAUGCUGGCUAUAGAAGAGCGUAAAAUGUGUGUUGUAAAAGCUCCAAAUUUUUUUAAAAAAUAUCUGCUCUUUCACCAGAUGGUGACAGUGCUGGACAGAGAAAGUGGGUG